GCCCCUGGAUUUAAAAGGCAAAGAAUACUGGCAAAUUUGAAUCGGGAUUUCAGAAGUAACAGAGGGUUUGGAUGUCCAGUUUUAUUUCUUAUUUAAUAAUUUGAUAUCUUUGUUAGAAGAAAGAAACUUAUGCAACGAGGGAUUUGUCAGACUAUUUUACCCUUUAUUUUUUACAAGUUUGUAAGUCGAAAUAUUUCAUCAACAUGAGCAAAAAGGAAGACUUGAGAGUGAAAGAAGUUCCUGAUGUGGUGGUGGAUCCUACUUCAAGAAGGCGAUACAUGAAAGGAAGAUUUUUGGGCAAGGGUGGGUUUGCAAAAUGCUAUGAGCUCACAGACAUGGAAACCAAAGCUGUUUAUGCAGGAAAGGUGGUUUCAAAGGCACUUUUGGUCAAACAGCAUCAAAAAGAUAAGAUGACCCAAGAAAUCAACAUUCAUCGCAGUUUGAACAACAGACAUGUUGUUGGGUUUCAUGGCUUUUUUGAAGACAAUGAUAACGUGUAUAUCUUGCUUGAACUGUGCAGAAGACGAUCUCUGAUGGAGUUGCACAAAAGAAGAAGAGCAGUGACUGAACCAGAAGCUCGUUAUUUUCUUAAGCAAAUAACUGAGGCCUGUGUUUAUCUACAUCAGAAUAAAGUUAUCCAUAGAGAUUUGAAAUUGGGUAACUUGUUCUUAAAUGACGAAAUGGAAGUGAAAAUUGGUGAUUUUGGACUGGCUACAAAAUUGGACUAUGAUGGAGAAAGAAAAAGAACUCUUUGUGGAACCCCUAAUUACAUUGCUCCGGAAGUGCUAGGGAAGAAGGGACAUAGCUAUGAAGUAGAUGCCUGGUCACUUGGGUGUAUAUUGUACACCCUCUUGAUUGGAAAACCCCCCUUUGAGACCAGUAGUCUCAAAGAUACCUACAUGAAAAUCAAGAAAAAUGAAUACCACAUGCCCUCAUCCCGCUGCUCUCCUCAGGCCAAGAGCCUUGUGCAGAAGCUGCUUCGUAAUGACCCCACAGACAGACCCAGCAUGGAGAUCAUCCUACAGGAUGAUUUCUUUACCACAGGAUUUCUUCCUUCCCGCCUCCCAACCAGCUGUUUGACUAUGGCACCAAGGUUUGACCAGCUGUCUAAGUUGGAUGCCAGAAAACCUCUGGUAGAGCUUAAUGGAACUGAAGGAUCUAACACACGCCAGCUAGUCAAGAAAGAAUCAGAAGGAGCUUCCAGGCCAGAGAGUUCUGACAAAAGUACAGAGCCAAGCGAUUGUUACCUGUCAGACCUUUUCACACAGAUUUCUGCUGUUCUGGCUGCGAACCCUGCUGAUAAGGUUGUAAUACAGGAAGAAGAAGCUGAAGACCCAGCUUGUGUGCCUAUCUACUGGGUUAGCAAGUGGGUAGACUACUCUGACAAGUAUGGCUUGGGCUACCAGCUUGUUGACAACAGUGUUGGCGUGCUAUUCAAUGACAGCACCAGGUUAAUUCUCACUUCAAAUGGAGAGAAUAUCCAGUAUAUUGAGCGUGAUGGCACAGAGCAUUUCCACACUCUCAGGGUGUUCCCUGAAACUCUAACCAAGAAGGUGACCUUGCUUAAAUAUUUCAGAAACUACAUGAGUGAACAUCUACUGAAGGCUGGUGCUAAUAUUAUCCCACGUGAAGGGGAUGAGAUGGUGAGACUUCCUUUCUUGAGAACAUGGUUUAGAACCCGCAGUGCCAUAGUAUUGCAUCUCAGCAAUGGCACUUUGCAGAUCAACUUCUUCCAAGACCAUACAAAGAUCAUUCUAUGUCCAGUGAUGGGCGCUGUCACAUACAUUGAUGAGAAGAGAGAGUUCCGCACAUUUAAGUCCUGUUUAAUUGAGAAGCAUGGGUGCAGCAAGGAGUUGGCAAGUCGUUUGCGUUAUGCACGUACCAUGAUUGAACGCCUUAUAUCAUCCAAGUCUGCCACAGGCAAAGCCCGAUCUACCUCUAGUCAGAGGACAACAUAGGAACAGCGCACCUAAAUUGGGGAAAAAGCUUUUUUGGUGUCAGAAUCCAGUGCUUAUCAUUAAAUAUGAAGUUGAGAAAUUAAAAACUGAGCUUAAUGGAUGCAGUUUAUUUCAGCUGGAUGACAGUUUUAUAAUGCCAGAGGUGUCUUGAGAUUUUAUGACCUUUUCGUCAUUUUUGCUAGAUUAGGUUGUGAUCUCAUGGGUUACUUAAUUGUGUCUGCAGGAUUAAAUCUUUUGGCUAAACAGCAGGCACUUGCCAAAAUGGAAAGUGGCCCCAUAGAAUAGGUAAGGAUUUUGAAUAUAAGUUACCAAGCCAAACUUAGGUAGAUAAUGAUUCACAUUAGUGUUUUAAUCCUGGUUGUUUUUCACCAGAAACUGCAGACUGCACCCUUGUUCAUUUGAACAUGUAAAUUCAUGUUGUAGGGGCUUGCAUAAAGUCAUUUGUAGACGAAUUGUUUGUGUGAAAGUUUAAACAGUAAAUUUUGAAUAAUGGACAGUGGGGGGAAUUUGCAAAGCUGCUUGUUUUCUGAAAUGUUUGGGAUAAGCAUAUAAGCUCUCGUAGUUUUAGGGAAUUAUUGUUCAUUAAUAAAUGCUAUGUACAUCACAUUUUGAGUAAUUCAUCAUGAAGUUCUGUAAGUCAGCAUGGGUCUAAGCAGUUUUCUUCUAGGGCUUAGAGUUAUUGAUUUUUUUUUCGUACUGCAAAAUGGAUGUUCCGCUUGCAAUGAUGAUCAACCUGUCUUAAACAUGUUUAGGUUAUUAAUGUGUACUUGUGAUCAAUGACGUGUACAGUGGAUGAAAGUAUGAUUCUGAUGUUUCAAAGGAAAGGCUUGAGAAAAGUGACAAUUGACAAGCUUUCAAGCUUUGGUUAAUGCCAUUAAGUUGAACAUUGAGUUUUUGUGGAAAUACCCUGAUAUUUAAUAAAUGCAUUUAUGAAUUAUAAUAGGAAGAGAUCCGCACUCUGAGUAUUUGUCUUGCAUUUGAAAGACUUUACCCCCCCC